AUGGAAACGGAAGGGUGGGAGACGCACCGUGCCUGGGGGCUGCGGCGCCUGCCCCCCAACCGCAGGCUGAGGCGGGGCCCCACUCCCAGUGCUCCCGGGGGCCCCCCACGAAUCCUGGCUGGGCUCCCUGGAAAGGAAGGUACCCCGACGCUUGGGCCCCCAGGAGGGCUGACGCUGGCUCCCGCAGCCCGCAGGGUCCCUGACCAUGACGGUCACAGGCCGGGCAGCCAGGUGCCCGAUGGCACCACCCUGUCCUCAUGGAACAACCACGCCUGCUCCCAGCACUCGGAAUGCCGGAGUGGCUGCUGUGUCACCAGCAGCUACGACGACUCCGACCAGAUGACGCAGGCCCAGAGCGGGAUCCUGGCUCGGCGAGACCCCGCCGCCGGGGGUGGAGGCGCCGCGCGGAGCCCGGAGGCCUGGACGGCGGAGGUCCCGCACCGAGGGGAUGGGAUCCUCCAGACCCGCCCCGUCCGUCGGGACACGGGCCUCCACGUCCACUUCUUUGAGCAGCGGGGGGGGGAGGUGGCCUCCGAAAAGGAACUAGGUCCCAGGCAGGUCCACCGGGGCGUCAGCAGGGAACAGGAGGGGCUCUUCCUCCACAGCCGGAGACUUGCCAUCAGCCAAGGUAGCCUGGCCCGGAUGGAGCUCCCCCGGGGAGCCUCCCCGCUCUGGGUGCCCACGGUCUACAGGCACCUUCCCCUGUCCCCGCUGCGCUCUCCUGUGUCUGCACUGAAGAGCCCCCAGUGGGCCCCGUGCAGCCGAGGUGCUGAGUUCUUCUGGCGCGCCGCUUCCGUGGAUGAGAGUACUUUCUGGAAGCGCAGUGAGGUCGGGCAGAGCCUUGGCUCCGAGCGUCCUAGCCGGGUCCAUACUGUCCGGUCCCUGUGUCGCCUGCACCUGGUGGAGGAGGCAUCGCGGCCGUGCUCCGUGGUACUCGUGCGUGCGGGGCGUUCUGUGGCCGAGGUGAGCCAGGGCCCUGCUGCCUUCUGGAAGUGCCAGCAGUCUGAUGUCACAGCUUCCCGAGGACUGGCAGCCACAGGGAGGCGUGGUGUCCGCCUCGCUCUGACCGAGUUUUCUGGCAUCUCCGCCAGCCAGGACGCGGAGAACCCCAAAGGCCUCAUUGGGUUAUUAGAAACUGUACUCUUUACUCACCAACCCACUUGGGAUGAUUGUCCGCAAUUGCUGCAGGUUCUGUUUACAACUGAGGAGCGGGAACGGAUCCUGCUGGAAGCACGAAAGCUCGUUCCUGGCCCGACGGGGGUCCCCACCAUGAACCCCGCUGACAUCGAUGCCGGAUUUCCCCCCAAUUGGGAUUAUAACCCAGGAGAAGGUGGGGAGCGCCUCAAGGUCUAUCGCCAGGCCCUACUGGCAGGUGUCAAAGCGGCCGCUAGGAGGCCCACCAGUCUGACCAGGGUGUAUGACAUGAGGCAGGAGGCAGAUGAAAGUCCCGCCGCUUUUCUAGAACGGGUGAUGGGAGCCUUCGGGCAGUUCACCCCGGGUCCAGAGCACGCAGAUCAUAAGUCAACUGUGGUAAUGGCUUUCAUUAACCAGCCUGCGCCCGACAUUAAGAAAAAAUUACAAAAAGUCGAGCGCCUCGGAGAAAAGACUCUCCGAGAUCUAGUAGAGAUGGCAGAAAGAGUGUACAAUAUCGGGGACAGUGCUGAGGAAAAACAAGCAAAGACGGAAAAACGAUGAAAUAGAGAUUUAGCUAGAGUGUUGCUGACCUUGACUGCAAAACCCGAGGACUGGCGCAACAAUUAAAAAAAAUCUGGUCCAUCAAGUGAUAAAUGGUGCUCCUACUGCAAAAAAAGGGGACACCUACGUAGAAAUUGCCGCAAAGAAAAGAACCAAGACAAGCCAAAGCUCUUGCUUGCUGGAGACAGGGACUGGGGGGGACGGGGUUCGGAGCCCCUCCCCGAACCUAGGGUAACUAUUAACGUGGAGGGGAAACCAACUGCCUUCUGGGUGGACACGGGGGCUCAACACUCAGUAUUAUGAGAGGCUAAUGGGCCUAUCAGUAAGCGAUCUUGGGUCCAUGGUGCCCCCGGGACCAAACGGUAUUCAUGGACUACCCAGCGAUCAGCAGAUUGAGGUGUGAGCCGGGUAACCCACUCUUUCAUGAUAAUCCCAGACUGUCCUUACACCCUGCUGGGGAGAGACCUUUUAUCAAAAAUGAGGGCUCAGAUUCACUUUAGCCCCCAAGGAGCACAAUUCUUAAGUUCGGAUGGGAGGCCUAUUCAGGUCCUCUCCCUCCAACUAGCUUAUGAGGAGCCCCUAAUCCUGAUGCCCACACUGACCAGUGGCUCCAGAAAUAACCCACAAGCCUGGACUGAAACAGGUCUAGGGCUGGCAAACCAUCGCCCACCCAUAUCUGUUGAACUCAAACCUGGGGCUGACCCAGCUGCAGUUAGACAGUACCCCGUGCCUCGACAAGCCAAGGAGGGGAUUAAACCCCACAUCCACCGCCUUUUAAACCUGGGCGUUUUAAGGGUCUGCCAGUCUGCCUGGAACACUCCCUUGCUCCCUGUUAAAAAACCUGGUACUAACGACUAUAGGCCGGUGCAGGACCUCAGGGAGGUUAACAAACAGGUAAUGGAUAUACAUCCAACUGUCCCGAACCCGCACACCCUUCUGAGCUCCCUGCCGCCUGAGAAGCAGUGGUGUACCGUCCUUGACCACAAGGAUGCCUUUUUCAGCCUGCCCCUGGCCCCCAAAAGUCAAGAAUAUUUUGCUUUCGAGUGGCAUGAUCCUGAUAUUGGCACUAACGGGCAGCUGACGUGGACUCGACUUCCUAAGUUUAAAAACUCCCCAACCAUCUUUGAUGAGGCGCUGCACGAAGGCUUGGGCGAGUCCCGGAGGGAAAAGCCAGACGUUACGUUGUUGCAGUAUGUUGAUGAGCUCCUGAUCGCAGCCACCUCUGAAGAAAGCUGCGUUCAGGGAACUAAAAAUCUACUCCAGACAUUGGGCAAGUUGGGAUACAGAGCCUCUGCUAAAAAGGCUCAAAUUUGUAAACCCCAAGUCACUUAUUUGGGAUACAUCCUUAAGGAUGGACAUAGAUGGCUGUCUCCGGCCAGAAAGGACACCAUCCUCCACAUACCCCCACCUAAAAACCCCAGACAGAUGAGAGAGUUCUUCGGGUCGGCGUUUUGCAGACUGUGGAUUCCAGGCUUUGCAGAGAUUGCUAAGCCCUUGUAUGAACUGACCAAAGACAAGAGUGAGUUUCAAUGGACUCCUGAACAUCAACAAGCAUUUGAAACUCUAAAAACAGCUCUCUUGUCAGCACCAGCGCCGGGGCUUCCUGACAUUACUAAGCCUUUCCACCUGUUUGUGGAUGAAAGUAAAGGGGUGGCCAUGGGUGUGCUGACCCAGACGCUGGGACCCUGGAAAAGGCCAGUGGCCUACUUGUCCAAACGCUUGGACACGAUAGCAGCCGGAUGGCCCCUCUGUUUAAGGACUGUGGCUGCAGUAGCGUCUUUAGUUAAGGACGCUGACAAAUUGACUCUGGGACAAGCUCUUGCUGUGACCACCCCCCAUGCAACCGAGGUACUAAAACAACCACCCGACCGGUGGCUCAGCAAUGCCCGAAUAACUCAUCACCAGACACUGCUCCUCAACCCGGAUAGAAUUAUUUUCCAGCCUCCUCCUUCGCUUAAUCCGGCCACGCUCCUACCCAAUCCCGAGGCAGACCCCCCGCUUCAUGAUUGUGCUGAGAUCCUGGCCCAGGUACACUGCUUCCGAGGAGACCUGACGGAUGGGCCUCCUCGAAGCGCAGACCAUACCUGGUUCACAGAUGGGAGUAGCUCCAUCCGGGAUGGGGAGAGAAAAGCAGGAGCGGCUGUGACUACCAACAAUAAGGUAAUUUGGGCCCAACCCUUACCUCCAGGGACCUCGGCCCAACGGGCAGAGCUAAUUGCCCAGACCAAGGCACUAGCUUUGGGCAAAGACUUAAGGGUCAACAUCUAUACUGACAGCAGGUACGCUUUUGCAAUGGCACAUGUGCAUGAAGCUAUUUAUCAAGAAAGGGACCUCCUGACCUCAGAGGGAAGGACCAUUAAAAACAGACAAGAAAUUAUGGACCUGCUACAGGCCCUAUGGCUACCCAAAAGGGCGGCCAUUAACCACUGCCCUGGCCAUCAGAAAGGAGAUCACCCUGUUACCAAGGGAAACAACCUGGCCGAUAAAACAGCCAAGGGAGCAGCCCUCAAACCCAUCGAUGCCUUGCCUGUAGUCCUCCCGGACCCCGGGGACCCCAACCUACCUGAGAAUCCCAAAUAUACUGAGGAGGAAGUGAAAUGGGCCCAAGGACGACCCAUGAGCAAGUUCUUCAAAGGAUGGUGGAGGGACACAGAUGGGAAAUUAAUCCUCCCUGAAGCCCUGACCGAAAAGAUACUACAUAAGAUACACCAGACCCCCCAUAUGGGGGCAAAAAGAAUGCUGGAUGUGGUCCGACAAUCUGAGGUAACCACCAAGGACUUACACAUCAAGAUUAAAGAAAUUGUUCCCUCGUGCAAGACGCGCCAACUCACUAAUGCCUAUCCAAAUCCCAAAAGCCCGGGCCAGUGCCUUCGAGGUAGGAGGCCAGGGGCCUACUGGGAAAUUGGCUUCACUGAAGUAAAACCAGGCAAGUAUGGCUAUAAAUAUCUAUUAGUCUUUAUAGAUACUUUCUCAGGAUGGAGUGAGGCCUUGCCUACCAAGAGUGAGACAGCCACUAUUGUGGCAAAGAAAUUACUGGAAGAGAUCCUGCCAAGGCUUCGGCCGGGCUGCCGCAGGCCCGAUCCCGCUUCCCUGCACCACCGCUGCCGCCACCGCCACCUCCAGGCCCCUCCGGCCCGCGGGCUCCGGGACUCGCGCUCAGGGGUCCUCGCUCGAGCCUUCGAUAGGCCCGCACAGCCGCGAUGCUGGGUGGCUGCCCAGACGACAACCUGCAGCCCCGCAGGCCCCGGAUCCUCGCCCGACAGAGGCCGAAGCCUGGGAACCAAGGCCAGCGGUGGCUUCCGCAUUAGGUCCCUGGCCACCCUGAGUAUCAGUGCAAGUGCGCGAAAAACGUACCCCAUCGCCACUUCAGGUGACUGGGACAAGGCCGACGUGCACGGCUCAGGCUGGUCCUCACCUACCUGCACGGCCCCACGGUGGCGGGAGCCCGGCCCCUCGGGUCUUUCUGAGGUGUCCACUUUCAACCAGGAAAGAGUUCACGCCAACUGGGACACAGACCUCAGUGCAAAGCUCAAACCGGCAGGCACACCGCGCACUUACUGCAUCUACACAGUGAAGGCUGAAGGAGCUGAAAAGGACUGCUCCAGCGAGCCCGUGAGUCGUAAGCGAAGCAGCUUCACCCCGGAAGUGGAAGGAGCCCGAGUGGAAAAUGCGGCCUCGCGCACAGCCAGGCCCCGCCUCUUCAGGGGCCGGAAGAUCCAGUCGAGGCAGCUGGAGGCGGCCCCACCGCACAGCAGGUUUUCCGUGCAGAUCAAACAGCCUCUGUUGGAAGAAGAUGCCAUCUAG